UAUGAGGGUUGUAAAAAGUCAGAUGAUAAGCUGUUCAUCUAAAGAUUUGGUAGACUUAGAAUUUAGGUAUACAGUUCAACGAUCAGCACAACUUCAUGAUAAGGCCAUGAGGAGACGAGCUCAUGGACACUCUGACGGUACAAAUAGCCGUGACAGAAUCAUCAACUUCAGCUCCCGAUCUAGUGAUGAUAGCUCACAGCAUCUCUCUCCGGAAGAGAAAGCUUGUCUCACAUUUUUGGAGGAGACCAUCGAGUCCAUAGAGACAGAGGACGAU